GCACUGGCAGUUGCUGGGUAAUUUGAAAACUACUGUGGAGGGUUUGGUGUCAACCAACAGCCCCAACGUGUGGUCCAAGUAUGGUGGCCUGGAGCGGCUUUGCAGGGACAUGCAGAGCAUCCUCUAUCAUGGGCUCAUCCAUGACCAGGUGUGCUGCCACCAGACUGAUUACUGGCAAUUUGUGAAAGACAUCCGGUGGCUCAGUCCCCACUCAGCUCUUCAUGUGGAGAAGUUCAUCAACUUACAUGAGAAUGGCCAGAGCAAUGCUGACAGUGUGAGUGAGCGUGCCGUUGCAGAACUGUGGCUGCAGCACAGCUUGCAGUGCCACUGCCUCUCAGCCCAGCUCCGACCUCUGCUCGGGGAUAGACAAUAUAUCAGAAAAUUCUACACAGAUACUGCUUUCCUGCUAAGUGACGCCCACGUCACGGCCAUGCUCCAAUGCCUAGAAGCAGUGGAACAGAACAACCCCCGCCUCCUGGCUCAGAUUGAUGCAUCUAUGUUCGCCAGAAAGCACGAGAGCCCACUAUUGGUGACAAAGAGCCAGAGCCUGACAGCUCUGCCUGGUUCCACAUACACCCCUCCAACCAGCUAUGCUCAGCAUUCCUACUUCGGGUCCUUCUCUAGCCUGCACCAAUCCGUGCCCAACAACAGCUCGGAGAGAAGAUCUACUUCUUUUUCACUCUCUGGCCCUCCCCGGAAACCUCAAGAAAGCAGAGGGCACAUCUCACCAGCAGAGGAUCAAACCCCCCAAGCCCCCUUGCUUUCAGUCUCUGCACUAGCCAGGGAUUCUCCUUCAACCCCAAAUGAGAUGAGCUCUAGCACUCUAACCAGCCCCAUAGAGGCAUCCUGGGUCAGCAGCCAAAAUGAUUCCCCAAGUGAUGCCAGUGAGGGGCCUGAGUACCUGGCCAUUGGCAACCUGGACCCCCGAGGCCGGACUGCCAGCUCUCAAAGUCACAGCAGCAAUGCCGAGAGCAGCAGCUCCAAUUUGUUCUCCUCCAGCAGCUCCCAGAAGCCAGAUUCUGCUGCUUCUUCCUUAGGGGACCAGGAGGGAGGUAGGGAGAGCCAGCUAUCCAGUGUCCUUCGCAGGUCCAGCUUCUCAGAGGGGCAGACACUCACUGUCACCAGUGGGACGAAGAAGAGCCAUAUUCGCUCCCAUUCAGAUACCAACAUCGCUUCCAGGGGAGUCCCAGAAUCCUGCAAUGAUAAGUCGAAGUUGAAAGGCCCCUUGUCUGGUCAAAGCAGUGAAGGCAGCACACCCAGCUCUCUGUACCUGGAGUAUGAGGGUGGUCAGUACCAGUGCUCAGGGGAAGGCAUGUUCCGAAGACCAUCAGAAGGACAGUCGCUCAUCAGCUACCUCUCUGAGCAAGACUUUGGCAGCUGUGCAGACCUGGAAAAGGAGAAUGCCCACUUCAGCAUCUCAGAGUCCUUGAUUGCCGCCAUUGAGCUAAUGAAAUGCAAUAUGAUGAGCCAGUGCCUAGAAGAGGAGGAAGUAGAGGAAGAAGACAGUGAUAGAGAAAUCCAGGAACUGAAGCAGAAGAUCCGCCUUCGGCGCCAACAGAUCCGAACCAAGAAUAUGUUCCCCAUAUACCAGGAGGCUGAGCAUGGAAGCUUUCGAGUCACCUCCAGCAGCUCCCAGUUCAGUUCACGUGAUUCGGCGCAGUUCUCUGAUUCUGGCUCUACUGAUGAGGUUGAUGAAUUUGAAAUCCAAGAUGCUGACAUCAGAAGGAGCACAGCCUCAAGCAGCAAAUCCUUCAUUUCUUCUCAGUCCUUCUCCCACUGCUUCCUACACUCCACAUCUGCUGAGGCAGUGGCCAUGGGGCUCCUGAAGCAGUUUGAGGGGAUGCAGCUUCCAGCUGCCUCAGAGCUGGAAUGGCUAGUCCCAGAGCAUGAUGCUCCCCAGAAGCUCCUGCCCAUCCCUGAUUCAUUGCCCAUCUCACCGGAUGAUGGGCAGCACGCUGACAUCUACAAGCUGCGUAUCCGUGUUCGUGGCAACUUGGAGUGGGCCCCACCGCGGCCUCAGAUAAUUUUUAAUGUUCAUCCAGCCCCAACGAGGAAAAUUGCUGUGGCCAAGCAGAAUUACCGCUGUGCGGGAUGUGGCAUCCGGACUGACCCUGAUUAUAUCAAGCGGCUACGGUACUGUGAGUACUUGGGCAAGUACUUCUGUCAGUGCUGCCAUGAGAAUGCCCAGAUGGUCAUCCCCAGCCGGAUUCUACGCAAGUGGGACUUCAGCAAGUACUAUGUCAGCAAUUUCUCCAAGGACCUGCUCAUUAAGAUCUGGAACGAUCCUCUCUUCAAUGUGCAGGACAUCAACACUGCCCUCUAUAGGAAGGUCAAGCUGCUCAAUCAAGUCCGACUGCUGCGGGUCCAGCUGUAUCACAUGAAGAACAUGUUCAAGACAUGCCGGCUGGCCAAAGAACUUCUGGAUUCCUUUGACACAGUCCCAGGCCACCUGACAGAAGAUCUCCACCUGUACUCACUGAAUGACCUGACUGCAACCAGGAAGGGGGAGCUGGGGCCCCGGCUUGCUGAGCUCACCAGGGCAGGGGCUGCCCAUGUAGAACGGUGCAUGCUCUGCCAAGCCAAGGGCUUCAUCUGUGAGUUCUGUCAGAAUGAGGAAGACAUUAUCUUUCCUUUUGAGCUCCAUAAGUGCCGGACCUGCGAAGAGUGUAAAGCAUGUUACCAUAAAGCUUGCUUCAAGUCUGGAAGCUGUCCGCGGUGUGAGCGGCUGCAGGCCCGGCGGGAGUUGCUGGCCAAGCAAAGCUUGGAGUCCUGCAUGUCAGACUAUGAGGAGGAACCCACUGAAGCCUUGGCCCUGGAAGGCACCGUCCUGGAGACGACCUGAAGAAAGCACAUUAAGCCCUCUACCUAGAGGCUGGGGUCAUACAUAAUGCGGAACUGAGCCACGCUUUUAAGGACUUUCCCCACUUGGGGCUCUUUUUUUUUUUUUUUUAAAUUAUCAUCAUUAUUAUUUUUUAUGCCUUUUCUGAUGUCUGUGUGUAGUCAGCCUUUGAUAGGUUGAUGGGGUCCAGCCUGUUGUGACAGAUAAAUUGUAAGCACCAGAUAUUUCCGUCAGAACUGACAUGUAGGUUCUUACGUGAAGCUUUCACUGUCAGAGGAAUGGACAGCAAGACCCAAUUCUUCCGAC